AUGUCUAAUUUGCUGGACCUAAUUGAAAAUGUUUACCCAGAUUUACCUAAUAUUUCGACUAAAACGUCAAGUUGGUUUCAAGAAAGAGCAAUAUUGUCACCAACUAACGAUCAAGUCAAUAAAAUAAAUGACAUGAUACUGUUAAAAUUCAACGCACCAACAAAAGUUUACUAUUCCAUUGACACUGUUUUAGAUGCAGAGGAGGCGAUACAUUAUCCAACUGAAUUUUUAAAUUCUUUAUCUCCUUCAGGGACCCCACCACACAAAUUAAUUCUAAAAGUAGGUUCAACCAUAAUUUUACUUCGUAACUUAAUUCCACCAAAAUUAUGCAACGGUACAAGAUUACAAAUUAUGUCUUUAAAAAACUGUCAGCUUGAGUGUAUAAUCCUUACUGGCUGUGGAGCUGGGGAAAUGGUCUUAGUUCCUAGAAUACCAAUGAUACCAACCAAUUUGCCAUUCCAGUUCAAACGGCUCCAAUUUUCCAUGAAAUUAAGCUUUCCAAUGACUAUUAAUAAGGCACAAGGUCAAACAUUAAACGUUGCAGGUUUAGACUUAACCGUCCAAUGUUUUUCCCAUGGUCAAUUGUACGUAGCUCUGUCACUAGUCACAUGCAAACCAAAUCUAUUUGUGAUGGCCCCAGAAGGCGAGACACUUAACGUGGUGUAUCCAGAAAUAUUUAAUGCUUAA